AUGUCCCUGCAGGAGGACAGACCUGCAGAGUGGGGUGGAGGGGACACGUCCACACCUCUUCCUUCGGUCUCUCUUCUUCUUCUUCUUCGAUGUUUUUUCUCCUCCACCAUGUUAGAAACGCUCACCUUCCUCGUGCAGAAGCUCUUCCUCCUCGCGCACUUGAAGCUGUCGAGCCUCGUGCCUCCUUUGGCUGCAGCUCGCGCGGACUCUCCGCUCUCGAGGCGCUGUGAGCGGGAUGAACCUCCUCCUCCUUCUCCUCCUCCGCAGCCCUCCGGAGCCGGGUCAGGAUCCGGAUCCGGGACGGUUCGGGACUUUCAGAGAGGGGACCUCCUGGAGGUCCCGCGGACCCUCUUCACGCACUUCGGGAUCUACCUGGGGGAGAACCGGGUGGCGCACCUGAUCCCGGACAUCCUCCCGGCGCUGACCACGGACCGCCGGCUGAUCCAGCAGAUGGUCACCAACACGCGCCUGCUGCUCGGGGUCAUCUCCAAGCGCGCGAGCAUCCGCACGGACUCCGUGGAGGACUUCGCGUACGGGGCCGGGAUCCUCCUGAACCACAUGGACCGGGCGGUGCCGCGCAGCCCGCUGUCCGGGGAGGAGGUGGCGCAGCGGGCGGAGCAGCUCGUGGGCUCCGUGUCCUACAGCCUCCUGUGGAACAACUGCGAGCACUUCGUGACCUACUGCCGCUACGGGAGCGCGCAGAGCCUGCAGACCGACCAGGUGAGGGUCCGGGGGGGACGGGGUCUACGCACGGAGGUUUUUCAGGCAGAAAAUCUGUUUUCAUUUCUCAUCUGUUUGCAUCUUUGGACCUCAAAAGUAGAACCAUCUGAAGGUCCUGUGCGCUUUUACGCACCCGGAGAGGAGGAGGUUUACGCACGGAGGUUUCACUGCACGUGCUGCUUUUGUCACUCAUGCUCUUGUGGUGCAGGAGGCAGAUUAACCCUUUAUAUCAAAACAUGAAAAAUUCAAGUCGGUUUCUUUGUUUUUUAACUGUGUGAUGUCCAGAGGGGGGAACAAAAAGUGCCGUGAGGGGAGCAAAAAAAAAAACAACAAAAAACCUGAAAUUAGGCAUCAACAACGAAACAUUUGUUCAACAAAGUUUGUCGUUUUUGUCCCUCUGUAGUUGUUUUUGUCGUAUUUUAUCGUAUUUUUUGUGUCUGUGUUUGACUGUAGUUAGUUUUUGUGUCUCUUUGUAGUUAUUUUUUGUCGUAUUGUUAGUGUUUUUGUCUCUCUGUAGUUGGUUUUUGUCGUGUUUUUUUCCUUAUCUGUAGUUAUUUUUUGUUUUAAAGUAGUUUUUUUAACUGUGUAAUGUCCAAAGGGAGGGAAAAAAGUGCCAUGAGGGGAUCAUAGAAAAAUACAACAAAAAAACUGAAAUUAUGCAUCAUCAACAAAACAUUUCCAUGAUCCUCAGACAAACAGAACAUCAUGAAAAUCACCUAAAAACGUGUUUGGUUGGGUUAAAAUCAGCCGGAGAUCGUCUUCUAGGGUUAAUUCAGAGUCAGGAUUCCUGAAAAACAUCGAAUUUAAUUAAAAAAAGUGGAAAAUCUGUUAAAAUUUCUCAUCUGUUUAUCUAAUUUGAUCUCAAAAGUAGAGUCCUCUGAAGUUUUUCAGCGUCCUCUCAGCCCGCCCCUAUCAGACCGCAGACGCUCACAUUGAAAAUUCAUGGACGUCUUGAAGCUGUUUGUCGUCCUCUUCUUCAGUUCACACAUGCAGAGUGUUUGUUUUUCUGCAGGAGGUCCAUCAAACUCAAACCAAACAACCUGAUCAAUAACUUCACAGGGGGGUUUUAAAGAAAGAAGAGCAGAGGCUGAGAUAAUUGGCUAAUUCAUUAUCUCAAACUUUAAGAACAACAAAAAACACCAACGAGAAACAAAAACUCAGAACAAAAUAAUACAGAUGUACACCAAACAUAAAGAUAAAUUUACAAAAACACGUUUGUCAAAAAUAAACAGUUAGAGAAUAAAACAGAACGAAGCAAAGAGCUUUAAAAAAUCAGUUAGUGUAAAUUAAAAAGAUCUGUAUAAAUACUGACAAAUUACACACAAAGAUGUCUGGGUCGACGUGAACGUAGAACACGAAAUUACAAAAUAUUUGGAGGUGAAUUUUGACGCGCCUGACUAAACACAUCAAGUGAAACGAGAUUUUGCGACUUUCCAGGGGAAAAAGACGCAUCCCGGGGAAAGUCCCGCCUCCUUCGCCUCUGAUUGGCUGGAAAAGCUGGAAACGUCGUCACACGCUCAAGCCAAAUGGUCAGCACUAAAAUAAGCAAACAAAACUUUGGUAACAACCGCUAGCUUACGUUAGCACAGAUGAAAGUUCAAACAAAGACCUUUAGCAAAACAUCGUCAUAUGAGAAAUCCGACAAGUCGUCCUUCAGGUCGUUAUCUUUGUAAUGUUUGUGUCUUUUAUCAAAAAUCACUCUGUUCUCCGACACGUAAACAAUCAGACGGUCGGCCAUGUUGGAUAUACCGGUGAAUCAGACGUCGCAACAACACGCACUCUGAUUGGUCAGAAGUGGACACACAGUAUGUGAAACUUUAGAAAAAUCGACCGUGAUCCGAAAAAAUACAUGUCGCAAAAUAUAUUUUCGAAAAAAAAUACAGACGUCUGAAAAAAUCGCACGACAAAAACGCUCCCAGUGUGAGAGGACCUCAAACAUACGUAGGUUACUGUAGUUGGUUUUUGUCGUAUAUUUUGUGAUUGUGUCUCUGUGUAGUUGUUUUUUGUUGUUUUUUGUUGGUUUUUGUCGUAUAUUUUGUGUUUUUUUUACGGGUUUGAAAAAAAAAAAUUGACGUUUGAAAUAAUCGCACGAUAAAAACGCUCCUGGUGUGAGAGGACCUAAACACUACGUAAGUCACUUAUCAAAGUUCUUUAGAUAUUAUAAUAAUUAUCAGUGUUUUAAUAUUAUACUUCUGUGGAAUCAAGUAAAUCUCGUAUACAAACAUAUUUUUUGUUAGUUUGCUUAAAAGAAUCUUUUAAUUCGUCUCUUUAGUUUGACUUAAAUAUUUUUGUGUUACUGGACAUUUUUAAAGUGACGUCCAGAGUUUAACACCACAAACAGAAACACACACUUUUCAGAGUUCUAUGGAAGAAUAAAUUUAUGUUCGUCAUAGAAGUACAAUCUAGAUAAACAUCUUAUCAAAGAUACUAGAGUCUAAACUUAAGAGCUGAAGUUCUUGAAAUGAGUGAAAAAUAAGGAACUUUUGACUCAUUUCAAGUCUUGUUUCUAAUGAGACGUUUAUCAGGACUUAAGUCUGAUGGACAGAAACACUCGCCUGGUUUUAUCAAAGUUUUCAGUCAUGACCUCAGGACCGCUCUGGUUUAUGUGACGGCUCUUAAGUGGAGCGAAACCCUCAGGUUUGGAAACUCUUAGCUCGACCAGUUCACUGGAAAAAUGAUCAAAGUGCUUCAAUCUGGACUCGCGUGCUUCUUCAUUUUCUGAAACAUCAACAAACAUCUUCAUGUGGUUUGACAGAUGAGAAACAAAAAGCACGUUCCUCCUCCUCCUCCUCCUCCUCCUCCAAGCUGAGGUGGGACUGUUUUCAGACGAGCGGAAAAUCUGGGUCACUCCUCGGAGAACAAGAGGCACAUUGAGAGCGAGCAGCAGCAGCAGCAGCGGCACGAGUCCGAGACAGGAUGGAGCGAGGAGGAGGAGGAGAAGGAGGAGGAGGAUGAAGGAGGGCGGGGCGCUCAGGUCGCUUUCCUGAAAUCAAAAAGACGAACGUAUCUCAAAUUUACGGGGAAACUGUAACCGCAAACUGGAACAUCUGACCUGCUGCGGCUCGGCCAGAUUCACGAUGAUGAGAGUGAAUGAGUGAGCGGGGGUGGGGGAGGGGUCACGUGAGCUGUUCCAGGGGCCUCAGAGGGCCCCCCAGUAAAUAAACAAUGAGUCCAUGAUAUCCUUCAUCUUUGUGGUUGUGGUUUGAGAAAAAACUACAGCAUGGACACGUACAGAAGGGACGACUUCUGUGAAAGCCUUUACCGUGUUGAAGAACCUUCUAGAAUUCUUGAUGCCAUAUUGAAAAAUCAAAAAGAACAAGAAUACGUGAAUGAAAUACUCCUCAGCUGACCUCAGAGUAUCUGGUUAUUGUUGGUAAAUUUCUUCGUGUUUCUGCUUUUCCUCCAGUUUUGCGAGUGGCUGAAGUCGCUGAUCCGGGACCAGCGGAACGUCGUCCUGACGGCGCUCCUGGGACUCCUGUCCAUGGUGUGUUUGGGUAUCUCCUCCAGCACGGCCCUGCCCACCCUCCUCAUCCCCUUCACCUUGUGGAUGGCCGGUUAGGAGCUCCUGACUGGCGUUCAAAGUCGAUUUUUAGCCUCUGUGCUGCUUCUAAACAGACUGACAGAGAGGAGGUGGUCGUCUGCGUACGUGUUUAUACCAUUAAUGACUCUCACUACACUUAACCUCUUAUAACACUGAAUACACACGACAAAACUUCUUCUUCCUGCUGAGGAAGUGAACCAAGGAAGAAGAAGAGGGGUUAGCAUCAUUAGCAUUAGCAGCAUUAGCAUCAUUAGCUAAUCAAAACAGCACAAACACGACCCCGAUUUGACCUUUGAGCUGCUACUUGUCCUUUUCCAGCUCCAAACGUGGUGUGAAGAAAACCAAAGAUUGGAUGAUGCUUUUAUUUUGAAGGAGUGCCUUAAUCAACAAAGUAAUCGGCAAUUUCCACCGCAUCCGGAACGGCAACGAAAAGGUCGUAUCCGCCGAUCGUAGCUGAUCGUAACCAUCCAGGUUAACGUGUCAAUUUCCACCGACUUCUUUCCGUUCUGCUGUUCCCUGAUUACUGUUGAUGCUUCGUGCUGCCAUCUUGGAUUAUGACGUUGUCGUCAAGUCGGGGUUGGAGAGGAUCAUCCGACUUCAGGGGGGUGUUCCAGAUGAAUUCCCGACUCAGAGCUCGGAAAUCCCGACUUCUGAGAACAACUGGAACGUAGCAGUAAGAGAUCUAACCCCCAAUUUCCACCGCAUCUUGAACGUCUAUGAAAAGGUCAUGUGCGCCAAUCGUAGCUGAUCGUAACCAUCCAAGUUAACGUGUCAAUUACCACCGGCUCCUUUCUGCUCCUCUGCGGAUCGCUGGAGCAUGGCGGAUAAAUUCAGCACUGAUUAACCUGUGCUGGAAAGGAAGUCGGGCACAGACUUCAAAAUAAAACAUCCGACUUCUUUUCAAAAUAAAACACUCCGUGUUUCAGGAGGAUCGUAUUUCACACCAUGCAAACGGGCGGAGACGAACAAGUGAAAGGUUUUUAGACGUCAUUUCACCCCGAUGACACCAUGGAUGAGGAGAUGCUGAUUCUAGAAGUCUAGAAGUAGAUUUCCUCCUCUGGAAGGACACAAUCUACUGCUUAUAUGUCUAUGUGUCUGUCUUUAUAGAGACAACUCGUUAUUGUGCGAUUGAACGUGAAUCCACGGGUUCUUGUGAGUUCUUGCAAUUCCUACUCUCCGUAAACCACCACGAAAUCCCUCUCAAAAAUGGAUCCGGUAGGAAUUGGGGGAAGGCGAAAUCGCCGCCGUUCCGGAUGCGGUGGAAAUCCCGGGUCAGGCUGAAUUCCGUUUCUGUGUCACGUUUAAGUUCCCCAUUUUUCCCCUCAUAUUCAAAACAGACUUCAACCUCUUGAGGACUAUUUUCAGUGGCGGAUGAAUCCAUAUUUGGAGCUCGUGUGAAUGCUCGUGUAACGACGAUGUUAACCCCGCCUACCCUGCACUCCAACCAGGUGAAGUUCCUCUGUAUAUAUGUGUAGAUACGCUCCGUCUGGACUCGAUGAUUGUUGUUCAACAGUCGGUAAACGUUUGUACAGAAUAUAUUUUUAUGAAUCGGCGACACUUUAUAUCUUGUUUUGUAUGUAAAUAAAGGAAGUGGAACCAGA